GGUAACCAUAGUAACUGCAAAAUGUAAACAAACUGAGUAUUUUGCGACGGAACGGUGUCAGUGGUAAAAUUCCAGUUAUUUGUAUAGCGAUUCAGUUAUUUUACCGAUUGAUUAUCCCAAAAAUGACCUUUAAGUUUAAAAUUUGUGGAAUUGGGAGGGUUUGAAAGUCAUUCCAGCUAUUUUGCUCGUUAGCUAGAUAGCCCAAUGGGGUGCCGUGGCCAAGGCUAUGAAAACAUUUGAACUUUCCAAAUGUUUUGUAAACAGACUACUAUUAGUAUUCCGUAUCAUAGGAAUUCGAAAAGAUCGUUGCUGGCCCAAAAGAAAUAUCCUGCCCCUUGGGCGGUGUCAGAUAUUUAAGAUUUAUGUUGCUGAAUUAACAUCCCUGUAAUACGUACAAUUGUUGAAAUGUUUGGGACUCAAGAAUCAAACAGAGGGGCUUUUUUAGAAGCCACAAGGGAAGCUCGAGAGGAAAGAGCAGCUGAAAGACGAAGAGAAGAAGCUGCUAUCAAAUUACAAACCUGCAUACGUAGAUGGCUCUUACAGUGCUCUCAGGACAAGAAAGUGAGAGAGAAAUUCGACCUUUUGUUUGAAAAGGAGCUUGCCCAGUCUGACCAGAUAGCUCCAAGUUUACCAUCAGCUAUAGAUGUAUUUGUUCAAGCAACAGACUUUAUUAAGAUAUUUAAAAAGGAGAAAGAUGUCAGAAGAUUUGAAGUAUUUACAAGGUACCUGGUCGCAAGCAUGGACAGUGACAGUGUCAAGCUAAGUUAUGUUUCUGUGGGGAUGAACAAAGAACUUACUGUUCAGUGGAUACAACACAUGAAAGAUGUUCUCUUCAUUGCUUGUAAACUACUGAAAGGACUUCAAGCAGAAAUUUCUAUAGAAAAUCGCUUGAUAUCCUUAUAUCUUCAUUUAUUGCUCACUUUUACCGCAACCAAUACUUGGCGUAUACUUCGAGGAGAUAACUUUGAACCUCUUCGACCAGCUUUGAAUAAACUAACAGAAAAUUUGUUAGCUGAUUUAGUUAGCAGAGGGUUGUACACUACUUUAAAUAGUGUCCUAGUCAGAGGUUUGUGUCGAGGACGCAUAGCUAUUAGGGGUCCAGCUAUCACUACUGUAAUUACCUUAGCCCUACGCCCUCUGAUAGCAGCACAAUAUUCUGACAAGCUUCUCUCACUUACAACAAUACAUAUUCUGAGUAUACCUGCGUUGGUACAUCACCUAGGAACUGUAGCACCAGAAGCAUUGCAGAUGUUUCACAAGCAUGGUAUCUUUGAACGAGUUGUUGAGUUUGUUCAGACCGAGCAGAACUUGAGGAUCAUUUUCAAUACUUUAGAAGGCUCGUAUGCCUUGUGUCUUCUAGCAAAUCUCAUACAUUUAGCAUAUGAAGAAAGAGAAUCAGCAUUUCCUACCUUAGCCUUUCCCAAGUUCAAUUAUGUUGUGACACGUCUUCUAGAAAAGUGUGGUGAAUAUGUAACUACAAAGCAAAGUAGUUUAACCCAGUGGCACCCAGUUUUAGGAUGGUUUUCUAGACCUCUUGAUCAACAUCUCAAUGAGUCUCUUUCUCUAGUUAAAACUCAGUUACAACUUUUGUGGUGUGGGCCACUCAUAAAACUGAUGUUUUCUACUCUUACCAACGUGAUCAAAGAACAGGAUGUUUCUUUAUCUGAGUCAUCCAAUUCAGUCUACAAUACAUCUUCAAGUGUCUCUGCUGCCAGUAGUUUUGGAUCAAUUUCGUCAUCUAGCAUUAUAAGGAAAGCUUUAGAACGAAAACUGGGUACCAGUAGCAAUGUUGGAUCUGUUAAAGUUAGUGGUGUUCGUGGAAGUACAAGAAAAUUAGGUUCCCCAGAAAUCUCUACUGUCGCCAUGGUGUGCUCUAUGUAUCAUACAGCUAUCACUACAUUAUCACCACUGCGGAUGGACAUACUGACAGGGUUGUGUUACAAGAGCGACAUGGUCUAUCAUUUAUGGCUGAUUCUCCAGUCUCUUGGCCCAUUAUGUGGUCUGAAAAGUUUUCUAGAUCUUCUGUCUGUAUCAAUGAAAGCAACAGCACCAGAGUUCCAUUUAUUAAUGCUUUUUUGUGAUUCUACUACACAUUUGGUUACAGUUUUGGAUGAUCUCGAAAUGUAUGAGCACCAGAAGCCUUUUAGCAUCACUGAUUAUUCAGCAAUGGCAUCAUUCCUCAAUAACUUCAUAUAUAAGAUGAUACACAAUCAUCUGAUAGAUGUACGUAAUGUCCAGGGAAGUGGUCUCUUCAUAUCUGUUCAUACCCUACUUAUGUUGCUUUACACUCGGAACGCCAGAAGAAAGUAUGUGCCUAAUAACCACUGGCUGAUUAAAGAGUGUAGGGUUUCUUCAUUCAUGGCAGAUUUUGAACGGGGAAAGAGAACUGCUCAGGUGCUGUUAAGUAAAAUGCCUCACAUAAUUCCUCAUGAAGAGCGUGUAUUACUCUUCAGAAGACACGUAUCGAAGGAAAAAUCAGUAUUAGGCCUGACGGAUGCAGCCUGUGCGGCCCCUCAGUCAACGCUCAUUACAAUUAGAAGGGCACGUUUGGUAGAAGAUGGUUACCGACAGUUGGCGUCAUUGUCUCCUCAGGGGCUUAAAGGACUUAUCAGAGUACGUUUUAUCAAUGAACAAGGAUUAGAUGAAGCAGGUAUUGAUCAGGAUGGAGUUUUCAAAGAAUUUCUCGAGGAGACUUUGAAGAAAGUAUUUGAUCCAUCAUUGAACCUUUUCCGUCUGACAAGUGAAGAGAGGCUUUAUCCUUCUCCAACAUCGUCAUUGACUGAAAAUCACCUUCAGUUAUUUGAAUUCACUGGUAGAAUGUUAGGAAAAGCAGUUUAUGAGGGUAUUGUAAUUGACUGUCCAUUUGCUUCAUUUUUUCUGAGUCAAGUCCUAGGAGAGCAUCAGUCAUCACUCUAUUCAUCGAUAGAUGAACUUCCAUCAUUAGAUCCUGAAUUAUACAAGUCUUUGACAUAUAUAAAGCAUUAUGAUGGAGAUGUAAGUGACCUUGACUUAACUUUUUCAUAUGACGAAGAUUACUUAGGACAGAUUAUCACCCAUGAACUACGGCCUGGAGGCAAAGCUAUUGCUGUCACAAAUGACAAUAAAAUAGUUUAUAUACACUUGAUGGCCCACUUUAAGAUGCAUACCCAGAUAAGGGAGCAGGUCAUAUCAUUUAUUCGAGGUUUUCGAUCAAUUAUUAAUCCUGAUUGGUUAUCUCUGUUCUCUGUACCAGAGUUUCAGCGUUUGAUAUCUGGAGAUAAUGUUGCUGUAGACCUUAAAGAUCUUCGCCGCCACACACAGUAUUAUGGAGGAUUUCAUGAUAAACACCGCGUUGUUUGUUGGCUGUGGGAUAUUCUGGAGAAGGAUUUCAAGGAAGAGGAAAGGGCUCUUUUCUUAAAGUUUGUUACCAGUUGUUCAAAACCUCCACUGCUGGGAUUUACUCACUUGGAGCCUCCUUUUUCUAUUCGUUGUGUGGAAGUUGGUGAUGAUGAAGAUACAGGGGAUACCAUUGGCAGUGUCAUCCGUGGCUUUUUUGCCAUUAGAAAACGGGACCCAGUAAAUCGUCUUCCUACCUCUUCAACUUGUUUUAAUUUACUUAAAUUACCAAAUUAUCAAAAGAAAAGUACUCUUAGGGAAAAAUUGAGAUAUGCCAUUACAAGCAAUACAGGGUUUGAAUUAUCUUAGGAUGUUAAGCUUAGAUUAUGCUGUACUAGUUUUUUUCAUAAGGCCUUUACAUUUGUGACUAUUAUUUUAUUUACUAAUUAAUGAUAUGUUAUUGGUGCAUUCCUUAUUUUAUUUAAUGUUAAUAGUUACCUUAAGUUACAAAGGACUACUUAAACUCAUUUUAUGGCAUUUAUUUCACGAAUGAAUCAUGAUACCUGCAUAAAAUCAGAUCAUGAUACAAGUUGUGUACAGAAUACCAAUGUGCUGUGAUGCUUUUCCUUUGUUUUACAAUCCAUGUACAUUUAUUAGAAAAUUAUAUGAAAUAGUUUUAAUUGUU